UCUUCGGGAAUCAGGACCUCAAAAGAACGUGGCGACCUCUAACAGCAUCCUGGCCGUUUAAAUACACAGAAAUGAUCCCUUAAAAUCAUUUCUUUUUUACUUUUUUAACGUCUCUUUUUCGAGCAUGGAGCUCUGCUUGCCAACCGUCCGAUAUCCGUCCCGGAGCCCGUUUCGUAAUCGGACGGCCAGUAUCAUCCGAUGCGCGAUUGCGGAACCAUCGGGGGUACCAGCACCGAUGGGCGAGAAGACUCAAUACAAGGACGGAUUGUUUGCGAAGGCGUUCAUGACUCUAUUCGCCCGAAAGAUGGAGAAAUUCGGUUCCGGUAAUAAAGGUGGGAACGGGAGAGGAUUGUAUGACUACGAGAGCUUUGUGGACGUGUCUAAGAGAGUAAUGCAAGGAAGGUCUCGAAAGGAGCAGCAGCGAGUGGUGAGGGAAGUUCUCUUGUCAAUGCUCCCGCCGGGCGCACCCGCUCAGUUUCGGAAAUUGUUUCCUCCGACAAGGUGGGCGGCAGAGUUCAAUGCUGCGUUAACGGUCCCAUUCUUCGAUUGGUUGGUGGGGCCUUCUGAGGUAAUUGAAGUAGAGGUAAAUGGAGUGAAACAAAGAAGUGGGGUUCACAUAAAAAAGUGCAGGUACUUGGAGAACAGCGGAUGUGUUGGAAUGUGUGUGAAUAUGUGCAAGCUUCCAACUCAAGAUUUCUUCACUAAUGAAUUCGGGCUUCCCUUAACCAUGACGCCGAAUUUUGAAGAUAUGAGUUGUGAGAUGGUGUACGGUCAAGUGCCACCUCCGUUUGAAGAGGAUCCAGUAGCAAAACAACCCUGUUAUGCAAACAUGUGUUCGAUUGCAAAUCCCAGCUCCACCAUUUGUCCCAAGUUACAAGGUUGAGAAAGUACAUUUGCUAUAUUGUUACUCAAGAACUGGUUUGAAGAACAAAAGCAUUUCAAGAUGGCAACUGAGGUUGGUUCGUGACGGAGGCGGUUUUCUCAGUUUUAAAAUAUGAUGUUGAACGGAUUGGAUGUCAUACACACAUCAUGUGACCCUACAACAACUAGAAACCAUGGAUCAUUUUCCCAUGGGCACGACGUCAAAGUGGAAUUACAUUCAUGUAAACUAUCUUAAUAGUUAGAAGGGGAUACAGUAGAAAAAUAUAA